AUGGCCACCCAGGCUACUGCCCAAAGACUGAAGACAUUCAAGAUCUACAGAUGGUCUCCAGACGCCCCAGAUAAGAAGCCAUACAUGCAAGAGUACAAGAUUGAUCUGAACCAGUGUGGUCCGAUGGUGUUGGACGCCAUCAUCAAAAUCAAGAACGAGCAGGAUGCCACGCUCACUUUCAGAAGAAGUUGCAGAGAAGGAAUUUGUGGCUCAUGUGCCAUGAACAUUGGCGGCCAGAACACGUUGGCCUGUCUGUGCAAAAUCGACCAGGACACCUCCAAGGAGACCAAAAUAUAUCCACUUCCACACAUGUACAUCGUGAGAGACCUGGUGCCGGACCUCACGCAUUUCUACAAACAGUACAAAUCGAUCCAGCCAUACCUGCAGACCAAAAAUAAGCCAGCCGAUGGCAAGGAGAACCUGCAAAGCGAGGAGGACAGAAAGAAGUUGGAUGGAUUGUACGAGUGUAUUCUGUGUGCUUGUUGCAGUACCUCGUGUCCUUCCUACUGGUGGAACCAGCAAGAAUACCUUGGACCUGCCGUGCUGAUGCAGGCCUACAGAUGGCUUGUGGAUUCGAGAGACGAGGCCACCAAGAGCAGAAAGGAGAUGCUGCAGAACUCCAUGUCGUUGUACAGAUGCCACACCAUCAUGAACUGUUCGCGUACCUGUCCUAAGGGUCUGAAUCCGGGUAAGGCGAUCGCCGAGAUCAAGAAACAAUUAGCAUUUGAUUGA